AUGGCCGAUUACGCACCAGUGACAAUACGCCAAAGUGCGCGGCCCUCAAAACAGCGUAACCCCGAUUCUAGGUACUGGCGUCGGUUCAAGCACCCAACAAUAAUCAAAGACAACGCCCCUGUUACCUCUAUUCACUUUGCUCCUACUGCCCCCCACCGAUGUGCCGUUACCUCGGGAACGCACGUCCAGAUACUUGCUCCUAAAACCAACAAGAUUACCAAAAAUAUCUCGAGGUUCAAGGAUACUGCCAGAAUUGCUGGCGAUGACACUGGUUUAAUUCAGAUUUUCGACGUUAAUAGCCGUGCAAUAUUGAGGACACUCAACGAGCAUAAACAACCUGUACAUAUAACCAAAUUUUCCCCACAAGACUCCACCCAGAUCCUAUCUUGCUCCGAUGAUACAACCGUAAAGCUCUGGGAUAUUCCCUCCGAAACUGCGAUUCACACAUUUGCUUCCCACACCGACUACGUCCGCGCGGGCCAGGUUUCACCUUCCAACCCGUCCCUUAUUUUGACAGGUUCCUACGACGCAACCGUUCGACUCUUUGAUGCUCGUACUGGUACAUGCACUAUGACCAUGGGAGCUGACCUGGCACGAGUAGGCCCAGUCGAGAGCGUUCUAAUGUUCCCUUCCGGAAGUUUAGCGGUUGCAGCGACUGGGAACAUUAUUCGCGCAUGGGACUUGGUUGCGGGUGGAAGAUGCAUACGUGCACUAUCCAACCACCAGAAGAGUAUAACAUCUUUGGCAUUUGAUGGAACUGCGUCGAGGCUGUUAACGGGCGGGCUUGACCAACUUGUCAAAGUCUACGACAUAACGACCUAUCGGGUGGUGCAUACAAUGCGGUAUCCUGCACCAAUACUCUCGUUGGCGGUCUCGCCUGACGAUACUCAUAUUGCUGCCGGCAUGGCUGAUGGGUCGUUGUCUAUGCGUCGAAGACAGCCCAAGGCGUCCGAGGCUGUGGCAAACACAGAGCGAACAUCCGAGACUGGCGCCUACGACUUCUUUAUGAGGGGAGGUUCAUUUGCCUUGGGCUCCAAAGGAUUAAGCUCUCGUCCGAAAAACGGGAGGGGAAAGCAGGUCUCAGCGACGGGAAUACUGGACGAGUUUCGCGUCGAAAAAAGGCGACAGAAAAGACUGCGAGAAUACGACAGAUUGCUCAAGACUUUCAAGUAUGGGGCUGCACUGGACGCUGUACUUCGCAAAAAUGUUCCCCCAACUACUGCUUUCUCCCUCAUAUCUGAAUUGAUGCACCGGGACGGACUACGAAUUGCCCUAGGAGGGCGAGACGAUGUUUCACUGGAACCGGUGCUUAGACUUCUGAUCAAACACAUUUCUGACCCUCGCUUUGGCAACAUGUGCUGCGACGUUGCUGGUAUCGUCAUUGAUAUGUACACCAGCAUUCUUGGUCGUUCCCCAUUGAUUGAUACACUAUUUGUGCGACUCAGGAAAAAGCUUGAACAGGAGCUCAAAUUCCAACGGGAACUUCAUCUUUUAGGGGGCGCGCUAGAUAUGAUUCUGGCUUCGGCGGCGUUGAGUGCAUGA